CGACGACGACGACGACGACGACGACGACGAAGAGGACGAAGGCAACAACGACGACGACGAAGACGAAAGUGUUGUGGCGGCGGUGGUGGUGGUGGUGGUGGUGUUGGAGGCGGGAGGGUGACCUCCGGCCAGAGCUCGUCGACGACGAGAUGUUAUCGUGCCGUCUCGCGCCGAUUCUGAUCCUCACUACGAUCCUCAGCGAAUUAACGACGAGCGGCUGCGGUGAGAGGAUGAGUGGACUUUACGUCGACAAUGGCUUCGAUCAGACGAUCGUACACAGGGUCGUUAGCCAGAGAGAAAAACGUGAAGUCGAGCAUGAAAUAUUGAAUUUACUCGGGUUGCCUGAUAGACCAAGGAACACAGCUGGAAGGCCACCUCAAAUCAAAAGAUCCGCACCUAAAUUUCUUCUUGACAUUUAUAAGAACGCUCUUGGCGAAGAUGAGGACGAUAGCCGACGAUCGAUUGCCGAUCAAACGCAUAGGGCUGGAGGAGAGUUCGAUCUUACUGGUCAGGAUCUCAGGGCCAUCGACCAGAGCGACGUCAUCAUGACCUUUGCUGCGCACAAUCAUCACGUUCCUGGGGUGAGGCACGAACGCGGAAAAAGGCUUUGGUUCGAUGUCUCGGAUGUUCCACCUGGAGAACACAUAAUUGGAGCUGAAUUAAGGCUUUAUCGCAGCAUAGACGUGAAAAGUCGAAGGAAUCGUGGAUCUUACAUGAUCACGGCAUAUCGGGUUCUAAGAAGUGAAGAUGGGUCACGGGAAUUACAAUAUGUUGAUGCGAUAAACACGACAAUAGGAAGAGAAGGAUGGUUGACAUUAAACGUCAGCGAACCUCUUUCACAUUGGGUGAAUAACCCCAAUGGAAAUCGAGGAUUAUAUCUUUCGGUUCAUCCUGCCGAUCGUUCUGUGCACGAGAUGAGGCCAGAGGAUGUCGGCAUCGUUGGGUUCAGAGGUGAUCCGGACAAGCUACCCUUUAGUGGGUUACUUCAAAGCUCUGGCAUCAGAGAAUCGAAAGUGAGACAAAAACGUGAUGCCAGGAGAAGAAAGAAAAGCGAAUCGUCUAGCUUAGAUUAUCGAAAUAAUCCUUACACCGAUCCUGGCGCGCAAUACAACUCGAGAAACGCAAGAUUUCAAACGCUCUACGUCAGCUUCAGGGAUCUUCAGUGGCAGGACUGGAUCAUAGCACCGACGGGUACCGACGCAUAUUAUUGCAGCGGUGAAUGUAAUUUUCCCUUGAACGCUCAUAUGAACGCUACCAAUCAUGCGAUCGUACAAACAUUGGUGCAUCUCGACCCCGGUAAAGUACCAAAGCCCUGUUGCGCGCCUACGAAACUUUCUGCCAUUUCAGUCUUAUAUUUUCUCGACGAGAGCAACGUUAUUUUAAAAAAGUAUAAGAAUAUGGUUGUAAAGAGCUGCGGCUGUCAUGAUCAAGUUUACCCACUUUUUCGAAAGAACAGUCCUUUCAAUAGCGAAUGGAUCGUCGUUCGAUCCUGCAUCUGGAAGGUCGUCACCUAGCUUGGCGUUUUCAAUACUUUUUUUUUUUUUGUUUUUUUUUUUAUUCAAAACGUUUCAACAGAAACAUGGCAAUGAGUCGUAAACGAGCAACGAUACCUACGUUUUCCCAUCAUUUUUUAUAAUCAUUGGUAAGACGCAACCCCGAUGCAAUCCUGACGCAACGUUCAGAUCCAAAUUUCUCUCACACACAUACACACACACACACACACACACACACACACACACA